UUCCCCCCUUCCCCCCUGCCAUCCUAACGCCCAGUUUGCCCAUACACACCAUCUCCGACUGAUUUCCAUACCCUACUCCUGGACCUGGUUGUGUCAUGGAGCCGAAAGCGUAUUCCUCUGCGACAGAUGUCGCAGUCCUUCCAACCGUCCGCCAUCGGGGCAUCCCAGAUGUGCCGGAGGACGUGGAUUUCCUCAUGGAGCACUUGAAUGACCCCAAUUUUGACUACGGUGCAGACUUUCGUUCCAGCAUGGACGCCAGCACCGAGAUAUACGAGCUGGAGCACAACAAAACUGCGGACGCCUACUCAACUAUGACUUCCGAUCUUGAGUCACAUUCACACCGCUCCAUGAGGUACUCUACAGCGUCCAGGACAGACACACCUUCGUCUUCGUUUGAGUAUGAUGAUUCAGGGCUGCAGGUAUCAAGCGUCGAUGAUCCAACGAUGCCUGUGAAUACCUUCCGCAUGUGGUUCCUUGGGUUAUCCUACGCAGUCCUCAUAUCUGGACUAAAUCAAUUCUUCUCUAAUGCGAUAUCCCUCUCGGCUUUGGAACGUGUUUUGCCAACCACCCGCUUCUGUACCCUUGGCUACACUUGGUCACUCAAUCCUGGUCCAUUCAACAUCAAGGAACACGUCGUCAUCACUGUUAUGGCAAAUCUUGUCGUCAAUGGCGCGUACGCUACUGAUAUCCUCGCUACACAGCGCAGCUUCUAUAAUCAGUCACUCAGCAACUCUUAUCAGUACUUCCUUGUGCUAGCCACCCAACUUAUCGGAUUCUCUUUGGGCGGUCUCCUCCGACGAUUCCUUGUCUACCCCUGCAGCAUGAUCUGGCCUGGAGCCCUAGUGAACUCUGCUCUCUUCAACACGUUACACAGAACGUACGGAAAACCAGAGCGCCGUCACAUCUCCAGAGGAAAAUUCUUUGCAAUCGUUGUUGCGUGUAGCUUCCUUUGGUACUUUUUGCCAGGCUACCUCUGGACGGGACUUAGCGUCUUCAACUGGGUAUGUUGGAUUGUCCCAACCAACGUAGCGGUCAACUCCUUGUUUGGCACUUCCACUGGUCUGGGGAUGGGACUUCUCACCUUCGAUUGGUCUAUGAUUUCGUAUAUUGGCAGUCCUCUAGUUACGCCGUGGUGGUCUGAGGCAAAUACCGCUGUUGGUUUAGUUACGAACUCCUGGUAUAUGCAAUAUUUGCCGAUGUCAGCUAGCGUCACAUUUGACAAUACGGGCAUGCCUUACGAUCCCACCCAAAUCGUCACUAAUGGCACCUUUGACGAAUCGAAGUACGCAGCCUACUCUCCUGCUUUCAUGCCAUCAACGCUAGCUAUUGCGUAUGGAGUGGCCUUCGCUGCGUUCGCAUCUGUGGUCGUGCAUACACUCUUGUGGUACCGCCGCGAUAUCGUCAGGCGCUUCCGCAGUGAUCUGCGUGACGAACGCGAUGUUCACUCGCGCCUUAUGCAAGCAUACCCAGAGGUCCCGCAAUGGUGGUAUGCCACGCUGGGCAUCGUCAUGCUUCUCGUCUUUAUUAUCGUCGUUGAGGUUUUCCCGACAGACCUCCCGAUUUGGGCCCUCUGUGUUGCCCUGCUUCUUGCAGCAUUGAUGUCAGUCCCCGCUGGCAUUCUUCAGGCCAUUACCAACCAGCAGAUCGCGCUAAACGUCAUGUACGAACUUCUUGGCGGUUAUCUCCUCCCUGGAAAGCCGAUCGCUGUUAUGAUCUUCAAGGCUGCUGCCUUCGCUGGAACCACCCAAGCAGUUGGGUUCUCUGGUGAUUUGAAGCUCGGUCACUACAUGAAGAUUCCACCUCGGCUUAUGUUCACUGCCCAAGUUAUUGCCGCUCUGGUCAGCAGUCUCGUGGUCAUUUCUGUACAGAACUGGAUGUUCACCAAUAUUGUUGACAUCUGCCAACCGAACCAACCUGACUAUUUUACCUGCCCAUCCACUACCGUAUUCGCCACGUCCUCCUUGAUUUGGGGAGGUAUCGGGCCGCAACGCCUAUUCAGCCCAGGUGCUAUGUACAGUCCUUUGCUCUGGUUCUUCUUCAUCGGUGCUGUCCUGCCGAUUCCAUUCUAUUAUCUUGCUCGUCGCUUCCCCCUCUCGUACUGGCGGUACAUCAACAUUCCUGUCCUCUUCGCAGGCAUUGGGGCGUUCCCCCCAGCAACCGGAAUCAACUACUCCUCUUGGGUCCUCGUCGGCUUUAUCUUCCAGUGGUUCAUGCGCCGAUAUCACUUCCGUUGGUGGAUGCGGUACAACUACAUCCUCUCUGCUGGUCUCGACGCUGGCGUCGCUAUCGGCAUCCUCUUCAUAUUCUUCGCACUGCAGAUGCCCAAAGGUGGCAUCCAGCUCAAUUGGUGGGGCAACGUCGCAUGGCAGAAUACGGCCGAUGCCCUUGGUACGCCAAUGCGCACCGUUGCCCAGGGCCAGACGUUUGGUCCUUCGUCGUGGUAGUGUCAUAACAAAUUGGAAUCGCAACACAUCUCGCCCUGAGUCAGUCCGGCCGAGUAUGCAACGAAUUUUUUUCUCAGUGGAUGAUCAGUGUUGUAUUUUUUAUGAGCUGUAGAUUCUCUUUUCUUUGACAAAUGGGUGGCCUGUAGUGGAUCAAUUAUUUUUCAUCAUUCCUGCGCCCUUAUGCUCCGACCGCAUUCACAAUCUUUCAUAUCAACUGUUGGAUACAUACUUACCUUCGCAUUACUAUUCUUCUUCUUCGCAUUCAUUUUUUUUUUUUUUUGAAAGCCGUGCACAUCGUAAUGUACUAUGUACUGGUUAUUUGCAAUCCAUUUACAGCCACUACCAAAGCGUUCUUGCCCCGCU